CUCACCGGCAAUUCAAAGACUGUUUCAUGGCCGGGACUUUGCUUUCUGCUGAGGCUCUGUCGGCACUGCACAAGAGUGUGGAAGAAAUGUCCGUCGACGGCGACUCCCCACCACCACAGUUUAUUGUCAAAGAAAGCAGUAGUAUUGUUUCUACUUAUUCUUCUCCCUCAGUUCCUAUUCCAAUCAUUGACAUAAGCCUCCUCUCCUCACAAGAUUCAGAAGAGCUCCAGAAACUCAGAUCAGCUCUCAGCUCAGGGGGUUGCUUCCAGGCAAUAGGUCAUGGGAUUCCAAAUUCAUUUCUUGACAAGUUCCGAGCGGUUGUAAAGCAGUUCUUUGCACUGCCAUUAGAAGAAAAGCAAAAGUAUUCCCGAGCAGCUGAUGAGGUUGAAGGAUAUGGGCAUGACAUGGUAUUUUCAGAGAAGCAGAUUCUUGACUGGUGUAGUCGCCUAUUUCUUAAAGUCUUCCCGGAAGAUGAAAGAAGGAUGAAUCUUUGGCCACAAACUCCAAAUGACUUCAGGGAGAUGUUAGAUGACUAUGCUUCAAAAAUAAAGGGAAUUACUAAUAUUAUCUUGAAGGCCAUGGCAAAGUCACUGAACUUGGAAGAGAACAGCUUCUUGAGCCAGUGUGGAGACCGACCAAUAAUACAAGCAAGGUUUAAUUUUUAUCCUCCUUGUCCAAGACCAGAUACUGUUCUUGGUGUUAAAGCUCAUGCAGAUGGAUCGUCAAUAACAGUUCUGUUGCAAGAUGAAGAGGUAGAAGGACUUCAAAUUCUCGAAGAUGGAAAAUGGAUUAAGGUUCCUGUAAUUCCUCAUGCUCUCGUUGUAAAUCUUGGUGAACAAAUGCAGAUAAUGAGCAACGGAAUAUUCAAGAGCCCACUGCAUAGGGUACUGACUAACUCCGACAAGCUGAGGAUAUCGGUGGCUCUGUUUAAUUGGCCGGAGCUGGAUAAAGAGAUUGGACCUGUGGAUCAAUUGAUAGACGAGAAAAGGCCUAAGCUAUAUAGAGAUGUGACAAACUUCAAUGUUAUCAACUUAGAAUGUUAUCAGAAAGGGAAAAGAGCAAUUGAGGAGGUAAAAAUUUAA